AUGUGUUUACCUCAUUUACAUUCAAUGGUUCUUCAUCCUGCUGAAUAUGUUCAAAGUUCAAUUGAUAUUUUUUCUGAAAUAUUUCUUUUAUCUACAUUAAAAUAUUUCAAACUUACAUAUCAAAUGAGAAUCUAUGAGGAUUCAUUAUCCAGUUACUCUUGGCAAUAUGGUCAUAGUACAAUUGAACAUCUCACCAUUAAUACUUGUUUUCCAGAUAGUUUAUUAAUUGAUUUAUUAGUUUGUUUUCCAAACUUACGUCGUUUAUCAAUUAAUUAUCUCACUCACUCACAUUUCGAUGAUACUAAAUUACGCAUUUCUCAAUCAUCAAAAGAUUUAAAAUGUGUUACACUUAAACUGGAUCUAAUAACAUUUAAUAUAUUCGAAAAAAUUAUACAAAUUUCUUUUAUUAUGUUGAAAUUUUACAAAUUGUAA